AUGAGCGGGCGCUUGCUCGCGCGGGCCUGCUGCAGGGCGGCCCAGGGGUUCGGUGUGGUGCAGAGAGGGGCUCAGGGGGGCGCGAUGGCGGAGGCGGGGUGCGGGAGCGGCGCGUGGGGCGCAAGUUCGACUAGGGCUGCGAGCAAGCGCGUGGGCGGCGCGGCGACGGAGGGUUUUGCGGGGCGGACGGCUCCUGGGUGCCAGGGGGCGCGGACCGCGUCCACGGCGGCGCGAACAGAGGCGGCUCGAAUGCAGCAGCGCAUGCGCAACCCGCUCAUGCGGGCGCUGCUGCAGGACGGCGCCCGCAUACCUGCAGCGCUGUCCUUGCACCUCGCUCGCGAACUCAUGGUCGCCGAGGACGACGAGGACGAUGACGGCACGAUAGGCCGUAUAGGUGCCGACGACGUGACAUAG